AUGCUUUCUGUCCCAAACUACCUACUCAGAUUGGAUUUGAUUGGAUUGAAGUUUACUGGACUGGAGCCGAUCCGAUCCGAUCUGAUCGGACUCUGCUGGCGUCUAGAGAAGCUUGAGGAGGGGUCGCUUGCUGUCGCAGGCCACAGAUCUGCCGCGUCCGCCAUGGACGGCAACAAGGACGACGCUGUCAAGGCCAUGCGCAUCGGCAAGAACGCCCUCGACGCCGGCGAUACCGCCCGCGCCCUCAAGUUUCUGUCUAAGGCCAAGCGGCUGGACCCCUUGCUCCCCAUCGACCACCUCCUCAACCCCCUCCUCAACAAGGAUGACCCGUCCUCCUCACCGGCCUCGUCAUCAUCGUCAUCUGCCCCACAUCCCCCACCGCCUCCGCCAUCGCGAGCUGCAUCAUCAGCAGCCGGUGCUGACGGCUUGAGGGAAAGGAAGCAGAAGAGCAAGAAGAAGGAUGGGGAGGAGGGUGGCGGUGAUACUGCUGGGGUGAGGACGUACACGGAGGAGCAGCUGGAGGUGGUCCACCAGAUCAAGAAGCACGCUAGGGAUUACUACAAGAUCCUGGGCCUCGAAAAGGACUGCACUGUCGAGGACGUGCGCAAAGCCUACCGCAAGCUCUCUCUCAAGGUGCACCCUGACAAGAACAAGGCCCCUGGUGCCGAGGAUGCCUUUAAGGCUGUCUCCAAGGCCUUCCAGUGCCUCAGCGAUGCAGAGAGCCGCAAGCACUUCGAUCUUGUUGGUUCUGAUGACCCGCCGGCAUACAACAGGAGGGCGGCAUCCACUGCCCGUUCAUACAAUGGGUUCUACGAAGAUGACAUUGACCCGGAUGAGAUAUUCAGGAACUUCUUCUUUGGUGGGAUGGCUCCUGCCACCACCAGGCAGUUUGGGCAGUUUGGGACGUUUCAUUUCAGGACUGGCAGGAUGCAUCAUGCUCAUGGUGCGCAGCAGGGUUCUGGUGGCUCCACUGUCCGUAUGCUUGUUCAGCUGUUGCCUGUCCUGCUGCUUCUGUUGCUCAACUUCCUGCCAUCCUCUGAGCCAGUCUACUCCCUAUCCCGCUCCUACCCUUAUGAGCACAAAUUUCAAACUCAACGUGGAGUAACAUACUAUGUCAAGCUGCCUAAUUUUGAGGAUCAGUAUCCACACCAGAGCACUGAGCGUACAACACUGGAGCGGCAUGUUGAGAGGGAUUACUACUCGAUAAUAACACAAAAUUGUAGGGUUGAGCUGCAGCGUCGCCAAUGGGGGCUAGCCUACCAGACACCACACUGUGAUAUGCUUCAGAAGUUUGAGGCAACAGCACAGUAA